UGCAGAUAUAUGGAUAAACCAUAUGACGAAACAGUUGAUGUGCCAGAUUCCGAAGAUAUAACAACACCACGAUUACAACAGUCUCUUGCCGAAAAUUUCGGUAAAUUUCGAGUUGAUCAUUUAGAUUCUCAUAGAGAUAACAUUAAAUCAUUAAGAAAAGUAAAGAAUCAAUUACUAAAUAAAUCAAUUAAAACUGCAUCAAAAUCAGUCAUUGAAAAGAAGUCAAACAAUGAAAAAUUAAGUAGUCAAGAUAGUUCCGAUGAUGACGAUGAUGAUGAUGACGACGAUGAUGAUGACGAUAAUGGUGAUGAUGAUGAGGAGGAUGAAGAUGAAGAAGAUGACAAUUAUGAAAAUUCUAAUAUACCUGAUGUCAUUGAAGGUGUCUACAAUCCGGCCGAUUUUGAACAUUUGACUGUAUCGUCUGAAAUUAAAGAAAUUUUUGAAUAUAUCCAAAGAUAUACACCUCAAACAAUCGAAUUAGAAACUAAGUUGAAACCAUUCAUUCCUGAUUAUAUACCAGCUGUCGGAGAUAUUGAUGCAUUUUUAAAAGUGCCCAGACCAGAUGGUAAACCAGAUUAUUUAGGUUUAUCGGUCUUGGAUGAACCAUGUGCUAAUCAGUCAGAUCCGACAGUACUUAAUUUACAAUUGAGAGCUUUGUCAAAGCAAACUGCAACAAAACAAGUAAUAGUUAAAAGUCUUGAAAACGCUGAACAACAAACAAAGGUCAUAGAAAAUUGGAUUAAAAGUAUAACAGAUUUGUAUAGAGCCAAACCUGCACCAACUGUACACUAUACAAGAAACAUGCCAGAAAUAUCUGAACUUAUGGCCGUAUGGCCAACAUCUUUUGAAGAAACCAUAAAUAAUAUGGACUUGUCACUUUCUCAGUUGGAUUGUAGUUUAAAAGAUUACGUAGAUAUAAUCUGUGCACUUCUAGACAUUCCAGUUUACAAUAAUCGAAUACAUUCCUUACAUUUAUUAUUUUCGUUAUAUUUGGAAUUUAAAAAUUCUCAAGUAAGUUAAAACAUUUUUAGAAUUUCAUGUGGUGCUCAAAAAUUUCCUGGUUAUAUCCCUCAAUUGAGGAAAUAAUCUAAUGUAGAUAAAAAGACCUCGGAUUUAUACUGCUUUUUAUGGCACUAUAACGCCUGGUGUUAUUAUGCAACUACGUGAAUUAUAAUGAAUGGAGUUUAUAUUGAACCUGCUAACACUAUUGAACCACUGCUCCAAAUGACGGAUUCUCUCGAAUUCCCAUUGAACUUGCAGCAGAAAGUGACAUCAUUGUUAGUCAAUAAAAUUAAGUACUUAGCUAUGUAUAUAAUGAUUGGUAGAUUUCAGUAAAUACAUAAUGUAACAAUGUCGCUUAUUGAUGUUCAUUUUCAUUUCGUAACAUACAUUGCGCAAUCACCAUUUCCAAUGAGAUGCAACUAAUGUACAUAAAAUAUGCAAAAUAUUUGUAGCUAAUUCCAACUUAUAAUUGUUGUUUUAAGGUGUACAUCACAUGUUCAAUAAGAUAAAAUUGUAAUCAAUUCAAAAUGUUACUAAUUAAGAAAGUUAUACUUUGAGUUACCUUCAGUUAACAUGAUCAUUUCAUUAACUAGAACUAUUUUCAUUCACUCACAAAUAAAUAUCUGUUGUUUUUUGUUGUUGUUAACAGCAUUUCCGUCAAAAUGAAUCCGU